GCCUCGUUUCCCACUCCCGACGUUCAGUCGCUCGGCUGCUCCUCGCCCCGCCCCGUCAUUGUCCCUGCGGGUCUCCUUUUCCCUCCCGUCCGUCCUCAGGGCUGGGAGAGUUGCUUGCUGGCUUCUCCCGCUGCUGCCCCGUGUCUCUCCGCCUUCGGUGGGUCAGACUCUGGAGCAGGAUGGAGGGCUGCCUGGGGGAGGAAUCUUUUCAGAUGUGGGAGCUCAACCGGCGCCUGGAGGCCUACCUGGCGCGGGUGAAGGCCCUGGAGGAGCAGAAUGAGCUGCUCGGCGCGGAGCUCGGGGGCCUCCGGGCACAGACCGGGGAUGCCUCCUGGCGGGCCCGUGCAGACGAAGAGCUGGCGGCCCUGCGGGCCCUCGUCGAGCAGCGCUGGCGGGAGAAGCACGCGGCCGAGGUGGCGCGCGACAACCUGGCGGACGAGGUGGAGGGCGUGGCCAGCCAGUGCCAACAGCAGCGGCUGGCGCGGGAGCGGGCGGCGGCCGAGGCGGCCCGCAGCCGGCGUGCGGCCGAGGCCGAGAAGUGCGCCCAGGCCCGGCUGGGCUCCCGGGUGGCCGAGCUGGAGCGCGAGCUGAAGGCGGUGUACGCGGCGCACGAGGAGGAGCGCGCCGGCCUCUGCGCCCGGCCCCUCGUCCCCAGCCGCCCCGCCGCGCCCCGCGGACCCCCCGCGCCCGCCCCGGAGCUGGAGGAGCUGGCGCGGCGGCUGGGGGACGCGUGGCGCGGGGCCGUGCGGGACUACCAGGAGCGCGUGGCGCGCAUGGAGACGUCGCUGGGCCAAGCCCGCGAGCGCCUGAGCCGUGCGGUGCAGGGCGCCCGCGAGGGUCGCCUGGAACUUCAGCAGCUGCAGGCGGAGCGCGGCGGCCUCCAGGAGCGCAGGGCCGCGCUGGAGCAGAGGCUGGAGGGCCGCUGGCAGGAGCGGCUCCGGGCCACCGAGAAGUUCCAGCUGGCAGUGGACGCCCUGGAGCAGGAGAAACAGGGCCUGCAGAGCCAGAUUGCCCAGGUCCUGGAAGGUCGGCAGCAGCUAGCACACCUCAAGAUGUCCCUGAGCCUGGAGGUGGCCACAUACAGGACCCUCCUAGAGGCUGAGAACUCCCGGCUGCAGACCCCUGGCAGUGGUUCCAACCCUUCUCUCGGCUUCCAGGACCCUAAACUGGAGCUGCAUUUCCCUGGGACCCCAGAGGGCCAGCACCUGGGACCUUUGCUCUCUGCCCUGAGCCCUACUUCCCUCUCCUUGCCCUUGCCUGAUACCCUUGAGACACCCAUGCCAGGCUUUCUGAAGAGCCAAAAAUUCCUUCAGGCCCGUACCCCAACCUUGGCCAGCACCCCCAUCCCGCCCACACUUCAGGCUCCCUGCAGUGUUAGAGAUGCAAAGAUCAGAGCUCAGGAUGCCCCCCCCUCCCUGCUCCAGCCACAGAUUGGGAGGCAGCAGGUUCCAGAGGCUAUACAGGCUAAAGCCAAGGUGGCCAUCCCUACCAGCAUCCUGCCAGGACCAGAGGAGCCUGGGGGCGAGCAACGAGAGACCAGUACAGGCCAGUCCUCUGAGGAUGCUACCUCUUUGGCCUCAUCCCUCAGCCCUUAUCACUCUAGUUUAGAGGCCAAAGGUAGAGAACUCAGUGGGUCUGGAAUGGCCAGCAGAUUCCAAGAGGAAGGCAAAGGGCAAAUCCGGAAACUGGCAGAGGAAGAAACAGCCAUAGAGGUCAAAAUGGUGAACAGUUUGCAGCAGGAAACACAGCAAGAAGAGGGUCUGAACAUGCAGGAAAUCCAGGACUCCCAGGGUCCUUUGGAAAGAGAGACUCUGAAGUCUGUGGAAGAGAAAAUUCAAGAGCCAUCAAUGUCUCUGGAAAAACAGAGCCAUGAGACAUUGAGAUCUCUAGAGAGGGAGUAUCUAGAAUCUCUGAGGUCUUUAGAAGAAGACAAGUUAGAUAGGCCAAACAGUCUAGAAAAGGAGAAUCAAGAGCUAUUGAUGUCUUUAGAAGAGGAGGAUGCAGAGGUAGUGAGACCUCUAGAAAAAAAGACUCUAGGACUAGUUAAGUCUGUAGGAAAGGAGGACCCACAGAUGUUGCAAUCUCUAGAAAAGGAGAAUAGAGAAAUAAUGAGGUCUCUUGAAGACGGUCUGGAGACAUUUUUAUAUCCAGAAAAGGAAAACCAAGAGUUAGUAAGGUCUCUGGAAGAGAACUUUGAGUCAGUGAGAGAUCUAGAAAAGGAGAAUCAAGAGCCACUGUGGUCUCUGGAAGAUGAGAAUCAAGAGAACUUGAGACUACAAGAAAAAGAGAACCAGGAGUUGCUAAACUCUCUAGAAGAUGAGAAGCAGGAGACCUUGAGGCCUCUAGAAAAAGAUAACCAGGAACCACUGAGGUCUCUAGAAGAUGAGAACCAGGAGACAUUGAGAUCUCUAGAAAAAGAGAACCAGAAAUCCUUGCGGCCUCUAGAAGAAGAGGACCAGGAGACAAUGAGACCUUUAGAAGAAGAGAACCAGGAGCAAGUGAAGUCUUUAGAAGAUGAGAAUCAAGAGAACUUGAGACUACUAGAAAAAGAGAACCAGAAAUCCUGGAGGUCUCCAGAAGAAGAUAACCAAGAGACAUUGAAGCUUCUAGAAGAAGAAAGCCAGGAGCCAGUGGGGUCUUUAGAAGAAGAAGACCAGGAGACAUUGAGGCCUCUAGAAAAAGAGAACCAGGAGCCAAUGAAGUCUCUAGAAGAUGAGAAUCAAGAGAACUUGAGACCACUAGAAAAAGAAAACCAAAAGUCCUGGAGAUCUCUAGAAGAAGACAACCAGGAGACACUGAAGCCUCUGGAAAAAGAAACCCAGGAGCCAGUGGGGUAUCUAGAAGGAGAAGACCAGGGGACAUUGAGGCCUCUAGAAAAAGAGAACCAGGAGCCAGUGAAGUCUCUAGAAGAUGAGAACCAGGAGACAUUGAGAUCUCUAGAAAAAGAGAACCAGGAGCCAGUGAGGUCUCUAGUAGAAGAUUUGGCAACACUGAGACCUCUAGAAAAGGUGAAACCAGAGCCACAAAUGUCUCUUGGAAAAGACCAGGAGAUAUUUAGACCUUUGGAAAAUGAGGAUCAACAGUUAUUAAGGUUCCUAAAAGAAGAGAGUGUAGAGGCAAUGAGAUCUUUAGAAACAGAAAAUUUAGAACAACUGCAGUCUGCAAGAAAAGACUUGGAAAUAUUGAAACCUCUAAAAACUCAAGAGUCACUGUGGUCUCUAGAAGAAACGAAUCAGGAGACAAUGAAGCCUUUAGAAAAGGAAAGUCAGGAACCACUGGAAUCUGUGGAAGAGCACCAAGAGACACUGAGACCUCUAGAAAAGGAAAAUCCAGAAUCACUGAACUCUCUGGGUGAGGGGAACCUAGAGCAUCUGAGACCUCCAGAAGAGCUUGGUAAGGAAAGUCAAAGGUACCUGGCUGAGGAAGAGACCCCGGAGCAUAUGGAGAAUCCAGAGUCACCAAGGUCUUUGAAAGAGGAAGGACAGGAGUUGCCACUGUCUGCCACCCAGCAGGGGUGGGAAGAUAUGGUGGGGGGCCAAGAAGUGGAUCAGAAAAUGCUCCCUGGCAGGGCUGCAGUGGGUCAGGAGGCUGAGGGAAAGCUGGACCUGAGAGAGUGGGAUGGCUCCGGGAAGGAGUCUGUAGGGCAUGGAGAACUGCAGCUGGCAGCCACAGGGGAGGUCUGGAACCCUGGCAAGGGGCACCCAGGUUGCCCUGAGCCCAAAGAGCAGAGGAUCCCGGUUAAGGGAGUCGGUGGGGAGGGAGGCACUGAGGGUUUCCAGGACCUUGAGGUUCAGCCAGAGCAAGUGGGGGCCCCAGGGCUCCAGGCUCCCCAGGGAAUGUCAGAGGCAAGACAGCUGGUAUCAGAAGGUGGAGAUGAGUCCCCAGAGGGUGGCCAAACCUCCCUAGAGGUCACUUUGGGGUUGGAGACAGCUGUAGAGGACUCUGCUCCAGGAAGCCGACAGGUACCAGAGCAGGAGGUGGUAGGGCUGGAGGACCCAGGCCACCUGGCCAGAGAGGAGGUGAUGGUCCCACCCAUAGGUGAGGAAGGUUUGGAGGCAGAGAGGAUGCAGGGCUUGGAAGGACCCUUUCUGGGCUCAAAAGAGGCAGUUGCUCUGGAUCCAGAGCCUUCAACCCUGCUCAGGAAGAGCACAGACCCCCUGGCACCUCCCCAGUGCUGGGAGGAGGUGGAGCCUGAGGCUCCUUGGGGAGCAGAGGUAGGGCUUCCCGUUGAGACCCAGGGCCCCUCUCACAGUGGAAACAGUGGGGGUACCCCUCAGUCCAGGCCCCUGGGGUCAGAAGAAGCAGGAGAAGAUGCAGACCUAAUGCUGGGACCCCUCAGCCCAAGGCCCACUGAACCCCGGGUGCCCACCCCAAUCCCUGGAGAUGCUCCUGGGCUCCAGCUCCUGGCUGAGGGGAGCCAGGAGGCUGGCUGGGGGCUGGAGGGCAGAGCAGAGGCUCUGGGAAGGGUGGAGGGCGAGCAGGAGGAGUUGGGUUCUGAGGGGAGCCCUGAGGAUCUCCAGGAGGAAGGAAAGAACAGAGAAGACAGUGAGGCCGAUGAGCUUGGGGAGACUCUUCCCGACUCCACUCCCCUGGGCCUCUAUCUCAGGUCCCCAGCCUCCCCCAAGUGGGACCAGGUUGGAGAACAGAGGCCCUCCCCUCAAGGCCAGGCCGGAAAGGAAGGCUGGGAUCCUUCUGCCCUGGCCUCCCAGCUUGGGGAAGAGGAGGAGGAGGAGGGGGAAGAAUGUGGUCAGGACUCUGACUUGUCGGGCGAAUUUGAGGACCUGGAAACUGAGGGUUCUGUCCUUCCUGGGGUCCCUGGGGAGGCUGCAGAACGUCCAGGCCAAGUGCCUCAGCUGCUCCUGGAGCCAGCAGCCUGGGACAGGGAUAGGGAGUCUGAUGGGUUUGCAGAUGAGGAAGAGAGUGGGGAAGAGGGAGAAGAAGAAGAGGGAAGAGAGUCAGAGGCUGGCCACUGGGGCCCGGGGCUCGCUGUUGGCACCCUUCCAGGGCCAGGUGGCCCUCAGAGAGGGAGCUUCCUGGGGUCUGAGAGCGUGGAUGUCAGUGUUCCCUGGGAUGAUGGCUCAAGGGGCAUGGCAGCUGCUUCGUGCGUGAGUGUCCUGGAGACUGAGUCCCGGGACAGCACGGAGCCCUCAGGCUCAGAUGAGGAGGCUGACCCUGUUCCCUUAGAGAGGGGGGACCAGGUCCCUGGCCCUCUGGGAACCCUCACUGGGGUGGAAGAGCCAGGCCUGGGAGGAGGGGACGGGCUUGGUGUCAAUAGCCAGGGCCCCAGCCUGAAGGAAGAGUUAGAACAUAUGAAUGGGGAGGUGGUGAAUGGGCUGCAGCAGUCUGAGGGAGGAGGGCAGGGGGAGCUGGGGGGCCCCGAGGGGAGCCAAGGGAGCCCCUUGGAGGAGGAUGAGAGGGGUGCCCUGAAGACCCCUUGGGCGGGGCCUGCUCUUCACCUGGGCCCCAGCCAAUUCCUGAAGUUCAGUCAGAGGGAAGGAGAUGUAGACUCCUGGUCCUCAGGGGAGGACUAGAGAAAGUGCCUCCUCCCUCACUGACAACUUGGUGUGUGUGUCUCUGUGUGUGUGUGUGCGCACACACACACACACGCACGUGCACCCAUACUUGUAGGAGGUCCCUAAGCCCCCUCCCUGCUCAGAGGCAGCACCCUUAAAUUAUAAUCUCUUGACCUGUGGUUUCUGUCCAGGAGGUCUGGCUGGCCAAGGUGAGGCAGGGUGUGGUGUAGGGAUGUGUUCCAAGAAUGGAAGCUCUGGGAAUACAGCCCAGCCCCUUAGACCCUGCGAAGGGGGACGUCUGGCCUGCACUGUCCUGUAAGGCUGAAGCCUAUUGAACCACUGUAGGACUAGGCCCCUUCCCUCGAGCACCCCUUCUCCCAUCUUAUCAUUGGGGAGGAGCUCCUCCCAGGAGAGGGGGCUGGGUGGUGCUCACCACAGGGCUCACCAGCCCUGUCCUUCCUUGCUGCAUCCUCUUGGGAUGCCUGGCCAUCUGGUGAGGGUGUGCUCCCAUGUCCUGACCACUGCCCCACCCCCACCCCCACAACGUAUUCCUGCUGUGUUGUAUCUGGCUCCUCCCUGCCUGAAUAAAGUCAUUCUCUCGCCUCCAAAA